AGGGUGCAGCAUGCAGCAGAGGGGCGGGGAGCUAUUGGAGCGCAGCAGAGAGCCAACCUACAUGCUUAUUGUGUGAAUCUUUAAAAAGCAAUUAGCCGCAGCAUCAUCUAAACCUCCCCCUCCUCUGGCUGGGUGAAAUACAUAUUUUUGAGGGGGGAAAAUAAGUGUUUUCAUUCGGCUCAAGAAAAGGCAUCCUCAUCCUCAACCAUGACUGACAGGAAAGCUGUGAUCAAGAACGCCGACAUGUCCGAGGACAUGCAGCAGGACGCGGUGGACUGUGCCACCCAGGCCAUGGAGAAGUACAACAUAGAGAAGGACAUAGCAGCCUACAUCAAGAAGGAGUUUGACAAGAAGUAUAACCCCACCUGGCAUUGCAUCGUCGGGAGGAACUUCGGCAGCUACGUCACCCACGAGACAAAGCACUUCAUUUACUUCUACUUGGGCCAAGUGGCCAUCUUGCUUUUCAAGUCUGGCUGAGGAGUUUCUGCUGGGUGUUGAGGAGUUUUUCUCCCUGAACCUAAAUCGGAAGAUGCACUGGUGGCUGAUAUCUCCCAUACACUAAUAACGACAUACCGUAAUGAUGCAAACCCGGCCGUGUGCAAUUGCAUGGACUAUACACUUUAAUAUGUAUGUUACAGUAAGUUUACUUUUCGGUAGUUGCCAUUUGAAUGCAACUGAAAUAGUUUUUGUUGAUGCUGUUAAAUUCUAGGUUGUAAAAGAUUUCAACGUGGCCCUUGAUUGUAUAAUAAAGGAAAGCUGUAGAAUGUA